AGGAGAAUUUGGCGUUAGACUCGAUUCGUAAGGUCUUUAAAGUUAGUUUUCGCAGCGCGCGAAAGGCGCUCGUUUUCCCCGCCAGCUUGAGUGAGAGAAGUGCGGUUCAUAGGUUGAGUAACGUUAACGGAUAAUAAUUUUGCUCUCUGUCUUAUAACGCAUCGCUAUGGGAAUUCACGGGCUUGCUAAGUUAAUAGCUGAUCAGGCGCCAUCAGCCAUCAAGGAGCAAGACAUUAAGAAUUAUUUCGGACGCAAGAUUGCCGUUGACGCAUCUAUGUGUAUUUACCAGUUCCUGAUUGCUGUCAGACAAGAUGGCAAUGUUCUACAGAAUGAAGAUGGAGAGACAACAAGCCACCUCAUGGGCAUGUUCUAUAGGACCAUCCGAAUGUUGGACAGUGGCAUAAAGCCUGUAUAUGUGUUUGAUGGGAAGCCCCCUCAACUCAAAUCUGGAGAGUUAGAGAAGAGAGGUGAGAGAAGAGCAGAAGCUGAAAAGCUGCUAGCUCAGGCACAGGAAACAGGUGAACAGGAGAACAUUGAUAAGUUUAGCAAACGUCUUGUGAAAGUCACCAAGCAACACAACGAUGAGUGCAAAAAGCUUCUCAAAUUAAUGGGAGUGCCCUAUAUUGAGGCUCCAUGUGAGGCAGAGGCCAGCUGUGCCGCCCUGGUAAAGGCAGGAAAAGUGUUUGCUACAGCAACUGAAGAUAUGGAUGGCUUAACUUUUGGAACAAGUGUCCUAUUGAGACACUUAACAGCUAGCGAGGCAAAAAAACUUCCCAUCCAGGAAUUUCAUUUUAGCCGCAUUCUACAGGAGAUGAACCUGACACAUCAACAAUUCAUAGACUUGUGUGUCCUACUGGGAUGUGACUACUGUGGCACCAUCAAAGGAAUUGGACCCAAGAGAGCUAUCGAUCUCAUCAGACAACAUGGCUCUAUCGAAGAGAUCCUGGAGAACAUUGACCAAUCUAAACACCCCGCCCCAGAGGACUGGCUGUAUAAGGAGGCACGAGGGCUGUUCUUGGAGCCUGAAGUGGUGGACUGCUCCAAUGUGGAACUCAAGUGGUCUGAGCCUGAUGAGGAUGGAUUGAUCCAGUUUAUGUGUGCUGAGAAACAGUUCAAUGAGGAUCGAAUCCGUAAUGGCUGUAAGAAGAUAAUGAAAAGCAGACAGGGAAGCACUCAGGGGAGGCUGGAUACAUUCUUUACUGUGACGGGAUCUCUCUCUUCGAAACGGAAGGAGCCAGAAGUGAAGGGAUCAGCCAAGAAGAAGCAGAAGACAAGUUCAACACCAGGCAAAUUCAAGAAGAGCAAAUGAAAAAACAAUGUAAAAGGUUGUUGGGACAUAAAUAGUAGCUGUAGGACUUGCUAUCAUAAAUAUUCCUUGUGAUGCUCCUUGCAGCUUAUUCAUAUUGAACAAUUGUGGGUGGGAACAGCACAAUGCUCCAAACAUAUUUUAAUAAACUUGGAAGUCUUUUUUUUGUUUUUGUUUGUCUCAAAAUAAAAAGAUUUUUCAUCA